AUUUAGGUCAACGUCACUCAGAUUAGUGUAUUUAUUUUUAUUUUCAAAAUUUAGCAUAGUACACGGUCAUUCGCGACGAAGAACCAAGUAAAGCUAGAAAGAUUUUCUCAGAUAUUUCGAAGGUGCAAAUAUGAUCUACGGUGUCACUUGCCUGAUCUAAAGCCCUACCGAAUCUAACUGACAGUAGCGCCGAUCUGCACAUUUUGUCAUCGUUGUUGCGCCCAUGGCAGAUCAGUUGUUGUCCACGGGAGUAAAGCUGGAUAUGAAUUAGUAGCUACUGGACACCAACGUAGCUAACGUUGGUCAGCUAAUUAGCCAAUGCUCGAAGAGAAAGCAGGGGGUAUUCAGGAGUCUACACCAAGAGCUCUGGAGAAACGGGUGAAAUAGCUAACUAAAUGCCUUUACGCUGAAAAUGGGUGAUGACGUUUGUAAAUAACUAGAACAACCUGGCCAGAGUAGCUAGCUAGCUUAGCAGUUUGCCAACACAACUGUCAAAGCCAGCUAGAUAGGGAUUUAUUUGCUACCACUAGCUAACUGAUUGUCCAUUGCUAAUGUUAUAGCAAUAACCUUAGUUAAUAGCUAGCCCGUGUCAACGCAUAUGCUGAUAGUGAGUUAGCUAGUUGGCUAUUUAGCUAGCUAGCUAUUAUGACAGUCGACACCUUGGUAGCUAGCUAGCUAGCGCCUGGAAAUCGAACGAGGGGGCUCUUCAAUAAGAUAGCUAGCUUGUUAACUAACCUAAAUUGGCUACGGUCAUUCAAUUAUCCAAAUCGAAUAGCUAGCUAGGCGUUCUUGUGGAUAGGUAUUGAUUGCAAACCAAUCGGCACUUGGCUUUCACCACCGGAAAAUGAAGAAGUUCUUCGAUUCACGCCGUGAACUUGCGAGUUCCGGGCCUGGUUCUGGAGCAGGUGGAGGUGGCAUUGGGUCGAGCAGCAGUGGUGGCAGUUUUAUUGGACGGGUUUUCACCAUUGGACGGUAUCAAGUGACCGUUGAUGAAACUGUUGCUGAAGGAGGCUUUGCCAUUGUGUUCCUGGUGCGGACCAACCAGGGGGUGCGCUGUGCUCUGAAGAGGAUGUACGUCAACAACGAGCACGACCUGCAGGUCUGCGAGCUGGAGAUCCAGAUCAUGAGGGACCUCGUGGGCCACAGGAACAUUGUGGGUUUCCUGGACUCCAGUAUAACUGCAGUGGGAGCAGGAGAUGUCUGGGAGGUCCUCAUCCUCAUGGACUUCUGUCGUGGUGGUCAGGUGGUGAACCUGAUGAACCAGCGUCUGCAGACAGGCUUCACUGAGCCAGAGGUGCUGCAGAUCUUCUGUGACACCUGCGAGGCCGUGGCCCGACUCCACCAGUGCAAGACGCCAAUCAUCCAUCGAGACCUAAAGGUGGAGAAUAUCCUGCUCCAUGACCGGGGACACUAUGUGUUGUGUGACUUUGGCAGUGCCACCAACCGCUUCCAGAACCCUCAGACAGAGGGUGUUCCACUGGUGGAGGAGGAAAUCAAGAAGUACACUACUCUGUCAUACCGAGCCCCAGAGAUGAUCAACCUCUAUAAUGGCACGGUCAUCACUACAAAGGCAGACAUCUGGGCUAUGGGAUGCCUGCUGUAUAAGCUGUGCUACUUCACCCUGCCGUUUGGGGAGAGCCAGGUGGCCAUCUGUGAUGGCAGCUUCACUAUUCCAGACAACUCCCGCUACUCCCCGGACAUGCACUGCCUCAUCAGAUACAUGCUGGAGCCUGACCCUGAGAAGAGACCAGAUAUCUACCAAGUGUCCCACUUCUCCUUCAGGCUGGCCGGGAUAGAAUGCCCCAUCCGGAACGUACAUAACUCCCCUAUUCUUACAAAACUCCCCGAACCAAUCAGAGCCAGCGAAGCUGUGGCCAAAAAAAGUCAAUCCAAAGCCAGGCUCACAGACCCUGUCCCCACAAUGGAGACCUCCAUUGCACCCCGUUCACGCCCCAAAGCUGGCGGGACCCAGCCCAUAGGCAUCCUGCCCAUCCAGCCAGCCCUCACCCCACGCAAGAGACCCAACGUGGCUGCAGGAGGGCCCCAGCCCAUAGGUGUUUUAUCCGCCGCCCAGCCUGCUGCUGCUGUCCAAUCAGUUCAGCAGGCACCUGCUGCACAGGCCACAUCCCCACUGGCUCAGACCACCUCUUCGCAACCCAUGGCCACGCCCCAGCACCAGCAGGGUCUCUUCAUGAAGCAGCAGGCAGCAGCCUUUUUCAGCCCACAUCAGCAAGUCAACCAGCAUCAGCUGGUGCAGACCCUCUACAAACGGCAGCAGCCUCCCAUGCCGGCCCCCCAGAGCUCUGUGGCUGUGCAGCCCAAAGCUAGUCCUGUUGCUCCUCUGCAGCCACCAGCCGGCCCUGUGCCCCCUUCCCCCCAAACAGCAGCUCCCCCUCAGCCUGCAGCCACAGGACCUGCUGCACCUGAUUCCGACUCUGACUGUGACUCUGAGCCCACGCCUCUGGCAUCUGGCCGUGGGCUCCACAAGGUUGGCUCCCUGACGCCCCCCUCCUCCCCAAAGAUGGGCCCCCGGGGUGGCCACAGGCGCAUACUGAGCGAUGUCACCCACAGUACUGUGUUUGGGGUCCCAGUCAGCAGGUCCACCCAGCUACUGCAGGCGGCUGCAGCCGAGGCCAGCCUCAACAAGUCCAAGUCAGCCAGCACCACCCCCUCUGGCUCCCCCUGCUCCUCCCAGCAGAGUGUGAACCAGCCAGGUGAGGGCGGUGCCCAGACCGCUCCCAUUGCACCGUCUGGCAGCUGGAACCCGUUUGGUGACGACAACUUCUCCAAGCUCACUGCUGAGGAGCUACUCAACAAGGAUUUUACCAAGCUGGUCGAGACUACAACAGGGGAGAGGGCCAGCCUCUCCACAGAGAACCUCAUUCCAGGUCUGCAGCCUGUCUCUGCUGCUGGUGCUACAGGCAAGGCUUUCCCAGCUGAGAGAUCUGCUGACAUCCUGAGUUUGGAUGCAGGCUCAGAGAUGUUGAGUGGCCCGGACCCCUUUAACACACACCCCCUCUCUGACACCCCAGAUAAGCUGAUUGAGGGACUGAAGUCCCCUGAGACUUGUCUGCUGCUCCCUGACCUUUUGCCCCUGGCUGACCCCUUCAGCAGCUGUGGAGAGGGCAACAGCAAUGCUGCAGCUAAGGCUGAUACGUAUGUGGACUCUCUGAUCCUGGGUCUGGACACAGCCUCAGCCAGCCUGCCAGACCCUCUAGCUGGGGAGGACUCUCUGCUGGGCUGCUCUCUGCUGUCUCACACCUCCACCCCUGGGGUUCAAACUGUCUGUGUACCUCCAUCCUCCUGCUCCUCUGCCUCCUGUCUGGAUGAGCUGGCUUCUGUCUCAUUUGGCACUGCCCAAGCACCUGCUGUGGAUUUAACAAGUGACAUCACCUGGAUUCACCUGACUCUGCUUACCUCAUGUCGGGCUUCCAGCCACCCGAGGCUGGGGAGAAGGGCACUGAGGACGAGUUUGACCCCAUCCCUGUGCUCAUCUCCAAAAACUCCAACAACCAAGGUGGUCACUCGCGCAGCAACAGUGGCAGUUCAGAGUCCAGCAUCCCCAACAUGGCCCGCUCCCUUCUGCUGGUGGAUCAGCUCAUCGACCUCUAGGGGGGUUGGGAGAGAGAGGUCGAAGGGGCAGCGUGCAAUCGUAACACGUAGGGGAUGGAGAGGGGGCAGCAGAGGCACUUCUGUAGCACCUUGUGAGGUGAAAUGGACUAGUGAACUUUCUCCGGUGUGCCUCCUUGCCCCCCCCCCACCAUCUCUUGCUUGCCUGAUACAAUGGUGGCCGUUGGCAUUCCCAUGUUGAUGUAACAACUUUGCAUUAACCCCCCACCCUGACACAUUGUCUGCUUCUGUCUUGGCUGCACUAGGGUCAUUAUCACGCUUUCAUCAAUCUGUCAACAUUCCUAAUUGUCCUUCCAUGCAGAUUCAACCCCACCUCAUGCACAUACUGCCUGGCUUGCCCAUAACCCGAUUUGUCUUUGCUGGGUUCUACAAUGUUUGAUCACUUAUACAAUCCAUCCCUGGCAUACCUAUUUGUCACAGGUCUGACCAUGUAACACAACUGUACAGUGCUUCUAUCUCUCCUGGUUAUCUGUAUGCACUCUUCCUGUAGCAGCUAUGACCAUGUAUAGUCUAUAGAGCAAAGCAGUUGCCCUUAAGAAAAGCAGAUGCUGACUGAACUAUCUAGAGCUGCUUGCAUUGGACAUACAGGGGGGACUAAUAAUGACGAUAAGCUGUCAGUCCUUGGUAUUCUGCGGUGUGUUUAACUGUUAUCAAACUGCUGUGAUCCACUGCUGCCCCCUGGGAAUGUUUGGCAGUCUGUUGUAAGAUGUCUGCCAUUGUAAGCUCAUAAGCGCUUGUGCAACGUGCACCGUUACAGUAGACAUCUGAUCUCUUCAGGCGUCGCCAGCUGCCCCCAAACUGGCGCUGAUAUUCAGGUCUGGUACAACAACCAUCUCCUUUACUGUGCAACCAUGUUUAUCUUGGCUGUGCUUUACGUAAGAGCUACAAUCUGUUUAUCUGAAGGUUUCCUGGGAUUAUUGUUCCUGUGCUGUGAAUUUCCUGUAGUCCUCCUUUAAGAUUUAUAUUGAGCUGGUGCAUUUUUUUCCCUCCCACUAUGCCCUUAAGUCUAAGAAUUGUCUGGCAAGGUUGAUGCAAUCGUGGUAUUAUUCUAAAUGUGUGUGAUUCAUUUGAAUGCACUUGUCUUUUGAUCAUGUGUAUUCCAAUAAGAGCUUUAUUGGGUAUAUUUGGGUUUGUUUGUUUCUAUCCUCGGCACAUUGGCAAGGUUAGCAGCUGCGAUAGAAAAGGGGUGCCAUAAUGAGCAUGGGAAUAAGCAUGAGAAUAAGACUCGCAGGUACAACAGAAAUGUGCAAUGAUUAUUUAAUGAGAGUCGGUUGAUAUUCACCAGUGAGCCAGCAGAGCGAGAACUAGCUGCAGCUUGGGUUUUGUCUGUCUGCUUGUGUUGGGCUGGUGUAGCCAUACAGUACAGGCAAUCCGUUUCUCUAUUUGUUCCAUGUGCCUCUGUUGCACAUGUUCAUAAUCAUUCAUAUCCACCUCCCUUUUGUCCGAUCUACCCAUCCAUCCAUACCACACAAACACACACACCUUGAUGUUGCUUGCCUAUGAUGUAAUGUCCAACUUAAAUCUGGACAUCUCCAUUCCCCACCAACUCUUAUGUAUAUAAAACCACUGUUUCAAUGUCCUCAUUCUCCCUUUAAAAAUGUACUGUAGCUACUACUUUGAAAGUGUUUUAAUAUUUAAAAAAAUAUAUGUUAUGAAUAAAUGUGACUAUUGAUAGUACUAUAGAAUGAAUGUAUGAAGUGAGUCAAUAUGAAAUAUAUAAAGUUAACAAGUACAUAUACUUGAAUGAAAAAAAUGUAUUUCUGUGUAUUAUUUAUGAAGCUGUAUUUAAGAGUACUACCAUCCUGUCCCUCCAUUUUGUUCACAGUAUUUUUGUCUCCUUGGUCUUGUGGAAGACUAUUUUAGCAUAGGGAAGCAACUAGCCCCAUGGUUUUAACUAUCUUAAUUUGGUUGUGUUUCUGAGGAUAGCUCUGUGCUUGUUACUUACUGUACCUUAUUGAGGUAUUGUCAUCACACCUCAUUCCUGGUUUAGACUUUUUUUCUAGUUUGAUUUUCUUUAUCUGAGCUGUAGUUUAUUUAAUAGCUUGAAGGGAAUAUAUUUCUUCCAACUCUUAGAGCCCUCCCUCUGAAAACAGGGUUUAUGACGGAAGGGUCUUCCUGAUAUCUCUGUCCCUUAUUGUCCUCCUCCUUUACUGUUAACCCCUAAAUGUAUCACAAAAGCUAUCUAGUCUACCUACUUACAAGUUACAUUGCAAUUAGUAUAAUUUGUUGGAAACGGAACCAAAAAUUUGUCUUGACUCGUCUUUCUCCUCCUCCCAGCAAGCAUAAUCAGUGGAUGUGAUGCACUACAUUGUACCCACCCUUGAUUGAUCUUCUGAGGCAUAUCAAAAUGAUACAAUAUUUCAGAAACUGAAAUGCAACCCGUAUAAUGCAUGUCAAAAAGUUGUUUCCAUACUUGGAAAGUAUACAAAGCAAAAUGAUACAUUUCCGUUGAUGUUACUGCUAGUAUCUUUGAGAUAAAACAUUGUUUUACCCCUCCUCACCAAACCCAUAUAUUGUACAGAAAUUGGCCUGUGGAAUCUGAAGUGUAUGGACAGAUAAUCAGUAAAGCUACUCUUGUUUCUUUUUUUAUUCAUUUUUCUCUCUGAUCUACUUGUUGUACAGUUCAGUCUUCUGCAGGUUUUAGUGUAGCUAACCUAUGCAAUUCUACAGUAGUGCUCAUAUUGUUCUAAGACACCACAGUGUUGUAUUCAGUAGAGGUCUAGCCUUGCCAGUAGAGUUUCAAUUGUGUUGCUGUGAAACGGCUGUACCUAGUGUGUUUGCUAGGGGAAACGGUGACAAGUAUAUAAUUUGAUUAGAUGUAAACUGUUGACAUGAACAGCAAAUGUUAAUAUGUGAAAGCUAAGAGUUAUCUAGUGUGUACCUUCUAUUUUUAUGAAAUAAGAAAAAAAGAAAACAAAGGGACCUUAAAUAAACAUGUAAAUGUGGACAU